UCCAUAUCACUGCUAUACACAGUUCAGAGGUGGCUACAGAGCGGAGUUGCUGCCUGUGUGCUGCCUGUGUUCAGAGGGAGCGACCACGUGGCGAUCUUUUUCAGGUCAAGAUAUGUAAACUAACCACCAUGCAAGAGGCAAAUAAAGACUAAAUUACAAUGCACAGGUUGAAGGAGACGACACUUCAUUUUACUGAAGUUGUACCUUGUGACAUGUGACAUGAAUCACUGAAUGACUGAGUUGUUCAUUCAUAUAUUAAUUGAUUUCACUGUUCAGUUUACUUCAGAUCAUCUGGAUGGGACAGCAGUAAAGUGGAGUAAAGGUGCAGGCAGAGGGGUACAAGUGUGUAAGAGGAGAGUGCUGCAGAGUGGGAGAGCAGAUAUGAGAUCGAGCAGGAGGAUGUGCAGGACUCGGCUCUGGCUGUUGGCCUCUCUGGUCUUUUCCUCUCUGACUUUUCUGGUUGAUGGAUCUCCAAUGAAGAUAAUGUCCGCCCCCAACUUGUUGCGGGUAGGAACACCAGUGAACAUCUUUGUGGAGUGUCAAGACUGCACCGAUGAUGAUGCCAUCAAAGUAGAAAUUUUCGUAGAAAACUAUCCAACAAAAAGCAAAAAGCUGACAUCCACAUCUGUGACCCUUACCAGUGCAAUAAAGUUCCAAGGCUUCGGAGAAAUUGUGAUCCCUGCUGAAGACUUCAGUCCGGAUCCCAACAAGAAACAGUAUGUUUAUAUAAAGGCUCGGUUCCCUGAUAUAGAGCUGGAGAAACUUGUCUUACUGUCCUUCCAGUCCGGGUACAUCUACAUCCAGACAGACAAGACCCUCUACACCCCCAACAGCAAAGUUCAUUACAGGAUGUUUGCAGUGACGCCCAGCAUGGAGCCUGUAGAGAGGGAUAACAAAACCCAAGCUGAUGCUUCUAUUGACAUUGAGAUUGUGAACCCUGACGGCAUCAUUUUACCAAUUGAUCUGGUCUCUCUGAAAUCAGGGAUGCACUCUGGAGAUUACCAGCUCACUGAAAUUGUCAGUUUCGGACUGUGGAAAGUGGUGGCAAGGUUUCACAACAAACCACAGCUGACUUACUCUGCAGAAUUUGAGGUCAAAGAAUAUGUGCUGCCCAGUUUUGAGGUUAAACUGACGAUUGACAACCCCUUCUUCUAUGUGGACAGUCAACAACUAAUUGUUGAUAUCAAAGCUACGUAUCUUUUUGAUGUAAACGUAGAUGGGAUGGCCUACGGGGUAUUUGGGAUUAUGCAUGGGGGUCAUAAAACGAGCUUGCCCAGCUCCCUUCAGAGAGUGCCGAUCAAGGACGGUGAAGGAAAAGUCAUACUGAAGAAAGAGUACAUCACAAAAAGCUUCCCAAACAUCUUCGACCUGGUGGGGAGUUCCAUAUAUGUAGCUGCUGGUGUGUUGACAGAGAGCGGUAGUGAAAUGGUGGAGGCAGAGUUGAGAGGUAUCAAGAUUGUCCAAUCACCUUAUACCAUCUACUUCAAGAGAACGCCCAAAUACUUCAAACCAGGGAUGUCCUUUGAUGUUGCGGUUGAAGUUGUGAACCCUGACGGCUCACCAAAAGAAGGUGUUACAGUGGAGGUGAAUCCGGGUGAGGUACAGGGCCGCACUGCAGCCAAUGGCAUGGCAAGGCUUUCCAUCAAUACUGAUGAAAAUCCUGCACCACUGACAGUGACAGUGUGGAUACAGCUGAAGUAACAUUGGGAGAAAACCUGAAAAUCAGCCUCAACCUCAAAAGGCCAGCAAGUACAGAAAAAGACAUCACAGCACUGGUACUGAGCAGAGGUCAGCUGGUGAAACACUACCGUUACAAGACAAAAGGUCAAAUGCUGAUAUCCAUGAUAGUCACCAUUACCAAAAACAUGCUGCCGUCAUUUCGUAUCAUAGCCUACUACCAUACAGAUGAAAAUGAAAUGGUAUCAGACUCUGUUUGGGUGGAUGCAGAGGACUCCUGCAUGGGCUCAGUAAGACACACCACACCAAUAUAGCAGAGUUAAAUUAAAACUGGAACCAGCAGAACCCCCGACGACCACAAAGUACUAUAUGCCUCGCAACAUAUUUGUCCUGAAGGUCACUGGAGAUCCAGGAGCCACAGUUGGACUGGUGGCAGUUGACAAAGG